AUGACUGCCAGGAAGUCCAAUGGUGGCUCAGCACCAUGCGUCCACCUCAAGACCCUCAAGACCCUCAAGACCACCAAGACUCGCCCUAGCCGCAUUUCUGGAGGGGAAUUAGAGGGAGGAGAGCCCAUGGAGGUAUCUGAGACAGUUCACCACAAUGGGUUCUGUAUUCUCUGCAGGGAUGGCUCUGCGUCAUUCCAAGAGAAUCCUCUCUUCAUGUGCAACCAUUGCCCCAGAGUAAUGUGCCGGCUGUGCAUGGAGCUCCCACUGGACACUGAAGACGCGAUCCUUGGUGAGGACGUCUCUUUCAUGUGCAUAUGUUGCCACAUGAGAGUGGCAGAGGAGGGCGCACCAUACUUUGGCUUCUACUAUCCUGAUGGUACCACAGUCCUCAAGUCUUUUCUACACGUCCAGGCCUCCCUUGAAGUCUCAGCGCUUGCCGAAAUCUCCACUGCCCCCAUCCUCUUCAUCCACCUCGUCCUCAUUGACUUUGAAACUACCGGGAGCCCCUUUCCUUUUACCCAUUCUUUCCUCCAGCCCUACUUCACAAGUGGGGGCAUUGAAUAUUGUGAGAUCGCGUACAACAUCAUCUCUGCCCCAGACGCUUACCUCAAAACCGUCGCUCAAAUCAUCAAGACCCUCAACAAGGCAUUUGUUUGGGAAUGCGUUGUCAUUGGGAUAUCCACCCACACUGACAAUGAUCAAGGUGACAUUUUCGCUGGCUACUCUGAUGAUGGUGGCAACAAGCACUAUGUCAGUGCUGGAUCUGACCAGUUCUUGGAGUUUGUUCUCCAUCCAUGGCAGUCUGUCCUAGACUGUGCUAAGGAAACCUACCUCUGGCUUUUGUGUUGUGGCUCCCUUGUCAACAACACUGAUGCGUUUGUAGGCUUGCAACAUGCAGUAGUCCACCACAAGCUCUCUGCCACCAUAGCUUUCAAUGCUAGGCAUUUCCAGCCUUCCUUCGCAUCCCAUUUGCUCCUGGCAUUCACUGAGCAAGUCCUCAUCGAACAUUGCCCCAUCCACCUUGCCUUUGGCGAAAUGCUGGGUCAAUCAUCCAAGCUUGGUCACCACACUGAUGUUCUCUUACUCACCCCACUUGAGGCUAGCCUCCAGAUCUCCAAGUUCACAUGGGGUGAUACCAAGUUCAGGCCUUGGGGCUGCUUCCUCCCCAUCCAAUGCCCAACCUGUGGGCGGACUAAUUCUUGGCGCUCAGCCUAUGCCAGGGACAGUGGGAACAAGACCUACCUCUUUGAGUGCAAGAAUACCUCCUGUGACCAGAAUUUCACCUUCAGUCAGCCUAAAGGCACCACCAUGCUGUCAUCAGGUAGGAAGCAGGGGUGUUCAUGGAUGGAGCCUGCAUCUGUGUCAUUUUGUGAUAUAAUGGCCAGCUGGACUCUCGUUUUUAGUGAUGUGUUGAAUCAACACAAGGAUUCCUUUGUUGCUGCUAAAGGAAAUUCUGUUAUCAGGGCUCGCAUCCUCAAAACAAUCAAAGAUGCUAUAGGCAGCAGUGAUGCAGCCAAAGACCCUUGUGUCAUGCUUCCAGAGAAAAAUCUUCGGAAGGCUGUUCGUACAUAUUAUUUGGACUUCCUGGAGGAUGACGAGGAUCGCAAGGCAGAGGAAGAAAUUAUUGAGGGAGGGCAUAAAGACAGAUCUGCUGCAGAUGCUGUGACUGUAGAGAUGGUGAGAGAAAGGGAAAAUGAGAAGCCUGAGGAAGCUGGGAAGUACAAGACAGAAUUCUCCGGUUUUGAUGUCGCCCAAAAAUUAUUCAAGGAUGAAUUUGGAGAAUAUGACAAGAUGCACCGCGAUACCUUUGACCAAAAGUCUAUGGGCCAGAGGACAAAAUUGGCCCGGGCAUGGCACCAGGCUAUGUCCUCUGAGGUGAAACAGGAGCUUGUCCGGGUUGCUGGAAAAUGGAAUCGAGAAGGACCUCCUGCAGAUACCAAGGAUAGAUACCGUACUUGUAACCAGAAAAAAGUCAUGGAGGACUUUAUGGGCAUGGUUCGCAGAACUAUGGGGUUGCAUCUCGUCAUCCUUACAGCCCAUGAUCGAGGUGAGGGAAAGGCUCCUGGAACUACUCUCUGGGAGACCUCGCCUCUAAAGGCGAAAAAACCUUUUACUCAGACAUCGAAAGACAAUAAGAAAUGGGCUGGAGAUGCUCAAGAUCGUCUUGCAGACUGGCUCCUUGAAGCAGAAUAUGCUGAUGAAGAGGAUAGUGAUGGAGAGGACAGUGAGGAUGAUGAUCUUCCAGAUUUGACCGUUGAGGUCGAUGAUGAUGGUCACCCUUGCCUACCAAAAGGGUUUGGAUCUCUCAAGCUGAAGCACAGGCAAAAGGUUGUUCGCACUGUCUUUCAAAAGGCCUACUCUCUUAUUACCAACAAUCCCCGGGCUCCAGUGCCCUGGGGUGAAGUGUCUGAAAAUCCCGAUCACUAUCUUGAUUCGGAAUGUAUCCCUAAGAAUGUCGUCAUCAAGGACCCUUCCCACCUGCAAAAGGACACAAUUGCUGCAAUUUAUUCCCACUGGAUAGAUUGUGCUAGUCAUGGCGCACCAAUUCCCUCCAAGAAGGGAGGUGCAAGGCAAAAAUCAAGGAAGAAGCCUGACUACGUCCAUGUCACUUCAGAUGAGGAAGAUUGCUUGAAGAAGAUUGAUGAUGGUAAAAGCUCUUCGGAUGAAGAUGAAGACAACUUGGACAUUCGCUCCCAUUGCUGA